AUGGAUCCCGCUCUCUCUGCUGCUCAGGCGGCUGACGAGCUCUUUGGCCCGCAAUGGUUGGAUCGCUUUGAUUUCACGUUAAAGUUUGAAAACAUCUUGAUGGCAAUUCUUCCGCAUGCUCUCUUUACGCUUUUUGCUCUUGCCUAUGUUGCAGCUGUCUACUGGAAACCUGUGCUUGCUAGGCCAGGCGCUCUGCUUUGGACAAAGGCUGCCUUUAGCAUCGUUCUUAUUGGCCUCUCAAUAGCCAAUCUCGUCGUCCGAUCUCUUGUCCCAGCAGCUGGUCUCGGUUUAGGCCCCCCAGCAGCUGCUCUCAACUUAGUUGCUGCCAUCCUGGUCGCUGUCUUCAACUAUGUCCAGCACACUCGCUCGGUCCACACAAUCAGCCUAUUCAGUGUAUACCUCAGCCUCACAUUUCUGUUCGACAUGACUCAGUCUCGGUCCUUCUUUAUUCGCCAGGAUACCCUGUCGGUUGGAGUGCUGUCGGCUUUAGCAGCAGCGAUUAGACUUGUUCUAGUUGUCCUGGAAGAGGUGCCCAAACAGAGCCUCAUGCUUGACAUCACACAUAGGGAGCUGUCAAGUAAAGAGGUCUACACUGGAUUCUGGACCAAGUGUCUCGCAUCGUGGUUCAUCUCCAUCUUCAUCCUGGGCUACCGGACCAUCCUCACAAUUGACAACCUACCAGACCUUGAGCCCGAGAUCCGAGCAAGGCGACUGCACGAAAAGUUUCAAGCUAAAUGGAACGCUUCAAAAACCAAGUCCCUGACAGAUCUGACCCUGGCUGGCCUUGGUGUCAUCAAGUGGGAUAUCGCCAUUACCUGCAUUCCACGCAUCCUCAACAUCGCCUUUUCGUUCACUCUACCUUAUCUCAUGUCACGCAUAUUGGUUGCAGUUGAUGAGGAUGGUCUAUCAUCCGACACUAUCGCUGGUCUUGUUGGGGCAACUUUCCUUGUUCUUGCUGGUAAAGCGAUCUCAAUGGCAUACUACACCUAUCUUAAGAACCGAUCCAUUGUCUGUAUCCGCAGUAUUGUUGUUGUGGCUAUCAAUGACAAAAGCCUCCGGCUACCACUCGCAACCCUCAGCAAGGUUCCCUCAUUGACCUUGACGACUACUGACACGUUGAGAAUCAGUAUGACUAUACAGAUAUUCCAUGAUGCUUGGUCCGGGCUACUGUCUGUGGGAAUUGGCGCCUAUGUUUUGCAAACGUAUACUGGAGUGGCUGCGUCCACGAUAGCACCCGCUACAAUCUUUUUGAUUGUAUUGAAUCACGUGGGAUCUCAUGGAGUUGUAUCCAACCUACAGAAGUGGAACGAGAGCGCUGCAGACAGAGUUUCUCAUACUAGUGAUGCACUCCGGAAUGUUCGCAGCAUCAAGAUGGCUGGGCUCACCACUACAGUCGUGCGUAAACUUGAGAAGUUCUUAGAUAUCGAAAUUGCGGCCUCUAUGGGUUUUCGAUUACGCAACUCUUUCUACUUGACCUCCCUUGCCAUGUCCGAGCCUGUGACAGUGACCGUAGUCAUUGCAGCAGCCAUGUUUUGGGGUUCGAACUAUGACACAUUCGGGAUUUCUGAGAUUUUGGCCACUUACGCUGCCCUGACUCUAAUUCAGGAUCCCCUCUGGUGCCUAAUGGGUGCCCCAAUGCUCUUCAAAAGCUGUCAGGCAUGCCUGGGUAGAGUCCACGACUAUCUCAUGAUUGACGAAUGGCAAGACCCUAGAAUGGAACCCAUCGCAGACGUCGACGAGAAAGUCGGCAUAGUGCAAUACCCCAUCCAGCUGGACAAUAUCCGCAAUGUGCUUGUCGGCGACGAUAAACAGCUAUUCCAGCAUCUAGACCUCAAGUUCCGGAGAGGUGAUUUGAACAUGAUUGUGGGCCCUGUCGGCUGUGGAAAGUCUACCCUGCUUAAACUAAUUCUAGGCCAUGUACCAAUAACGGAGGGUAGGUUGCUUGUCGAGAAGGGCUCUAUUGCCUUUUGUGAUCAAGCUGCUUGGCUUCAGGAUUUGACUAUCCGACAAAAUAUUGUCGGCCAACACGACUUCUCCAGCACCUGGUACGAUGAAGUAAUUGCAGCGUGUUGUCUCCAAUCCGAUCUCGCGAUGCUCUCAGCAUGCGAUAAUACCAGAGUUGGUCCAAACGGCUGCAACCUGAGCGGAGGGCAGCGACACCGUGUUGCAUUGGCCCGAGCUGUUUACUCCAAGAGGAACAUUCUAGUCUUAGACAAUGUCUUCAGCAGUUUGGACAGAAACACCUGUCACAACAUCUUUGAAAGCUUGUUUUUGGACCAUGGCCUUUUGCGAAAACUCAACACCACUGUCGUCAUGACUACAAAUCUAGUGGAACAUCUUUCUCAUGCUAAUUUGAUCAUCAUGCUCAACUCCGAUGGGACUGCAAAACAGUACAAGAUGCUUGACGACUCUCUCCAGACAGACUUUCUUCAGCGCGAGUCCGACCUAAAUCUCGAGGAGACCAAGGAUGCCACAGUUGCCGAAAAUGAUGCUACAGAUUUGAAACGUGAAGCAGAUGUAAACCUAGAGGACAAGGAUAUUGAAGCAACGCGGGUCAUCAAAAACGCUGGCGAUAUAUCCAUCUUCAAAUUCUAUGCGAGUGCGCUCGGGUCGGUGCCACUCCUUUUAUUCAUUGUGUCAAUGUUUAUAAGUUCGGUUAUUGACAAGGUACCAUUGAUAUACCUCAGAGUCUGGAAGUCCGAACAUCCCGAUGAGAAGCUCUACGUUAUUGGGUUUGCUUUGCUCCCUUUUGUUAGCUUUCUCAUCUACAUAGGAACCUAUUUGUACUGGUACCUGAUCGCAGUGCUGCAUGCGAUUAGGAAUGUUCACUCUAAGCUACUCAAUGCUGUCUUCCAUGGCACCUGGGCGACCUUAACAUCUUCCAGUUCUGGCUCUCUCCUGAACCGGUUUUCUCAAGACCUGAAUCUAAUCAGCAAGGAACUGCCUGGCGCCAUGGUACACGUCAUUGCGCAAUUUUGGCUUGCGCUCCUUGACCUAGGUCUCAUUGCAAGCGGUACGAGCUUUGCUGCCGCAAUCUUACCAUUUGUCAUUGCCAUUUUCUACUUUUUGCAAAAGUUUUACUUGCCAACGGCGCGACAAAUGCGACAGUUAGAUCUCGAAGGCAACGCACCGAUUGCAGAGCACAUCACGGAAGUCGCUGCUGGCAUCUACACCAUUCGUGCUUUUGGUGUAGAGGGUGUAUUCCAAGAAGAAGGGUGGAAGCGCAUGGACAGAUCCCAAAAGCCCUACUACUACAUGUACUCUAUCCAGCAAUUCCUAAUGCUGGUCACAGAGCUCGUCGUAGCGUUUAUGGGUGUCUUCCUCGUCGCCUUGGCCCUCAAGGCUCGCUCGUUUACUAGCCAGGGUGCCAUUGGCCUUGGUAUUCUAGGUCUAGUUACCUACAGUUACAACGUCACCGUCUUCAUGGGAGGCUAUGUGAGAGUCGAAACAGCGCUGGGCUCUGUGUCAAGAAUGAAAGCAUUCGUCGAGACCACUGAGGUUGAGGAAGAUGCGUCCUUCGAUGGCGACAGAAAGGCAAAGCUAGCCAAUUGGCCAUCAUCCGGAGAGAUUGUCUUUUCUGAAGUAUCCGCAAGCUACAGUACCGACGAAUCGAAGCCCAAGGUCCUUCAGGACAUAUCGGUCAAGCUCCAAUCCGGGCAAAAGGUUGCUGUAAUGGGUAAAACAGGCAGCGGUAAAUCGACAACACUGCUCACACUCCUCCGAUUUAUCGAGUACUCUGGCAGCAUCACCAUUGAUGGUGAGGAGGUCAACAAACUACCACGCCAUUUGAUCCGAUCCCGCAUCACCACCAUCCCGCAAGAUACGUAUGAGCUUGCCGGGUCUGUUCGCGAAAACCUGCAGCCUUCCCAGGAAGACGGAUACGUCGAAGCGAGCGAUGAACUCAUGAUUGAUACUCUCACGAGAGCCGCCCUUUGGAGCAAGAUUGAGCCCCGCGGCGGUCUUGACGCCGACCUCAUUGCCUUGAGUCUAUCAGCGGGCGAGAAGCAGCUGCUCGGUCUGGCACGCGCCAUUGUCCACCACAAGCACACAUCGUCCAAGGUGGCGCUGUUUGACGAGAUUGCCAGCCAAAUGGACGCGUCGACGGAGCGCCAAAUGCUCAAAGUGAUUGCGGAGAACUUUGUGGACUGCACAAUCAUGAUGAUUGCCCAUCGCGGUGACAUGAUGACGGGUAUGAAUGCAGCCAUGUACAUUGAAAAAGGCCGCGUUGCCAGAUUUGAACUACUGUCCAGCACCGAAAAGGCAUAA